AUGGAGCAUCACAGUGAAGGAAGUGUUUCUUCAGAUACUCAUAAAAGGAAGAAAUGUUGCAACCGUCACACUUCUAAUCAGAUCCAAAGGCUUGAAGCGGUGUUUAAGACAUGUUCAUAUCCUGAUGAAAAACAAAGGUUGCAGUUAGGCAGGGAAUUAGCCAUGGAUCCUACCAAGAUCAAAUUUUGGUUUCAGAAUAGAAGGACUCAGUUGAAGACACAAAAUGAAAGAGAUGAUAAUUGUACACUCAUACAAGAGAAUGAUAAAAUAAGAUCUCAGAAUAAAGCUAUGAGGGAAGCCCUUCAAAAUGUUAUCUGCAGCACUUGUGAUGGACAAAAGUUGAGAAUAGAAAAUGCUCGACUCAAAGAAGAGCUUGUUAGAGUAUCUAGCAUUGCAGCUGGAUACACUGGAAGUUCAUCAACAUUGCCAAAUGUUCCUUACCAACCUGCUGGUCUCUCUCAUAAGGAAAAAUCACUAAUGUUUGACAUUGCUACAAAUGCAAUGCAAGAGCUGAUUUUUCUUAUGGAAACUAAUGAGCCUCUUUGGAUGAAAUCAAACAAUAAUGGAAGAGAUACUCUUAACCUUGAAACCUAUGAAACAAUGUUCCCUAGGACUAAUAAUCAGUUAAAGAAUCCGAAUAUUCGCAUCGAAGCUUCUAGAAAAUCUGGUGAUGUUAUCAUGAAUGCCUUGACCUUGGUUGAAAUGUUUAUGGAUCCUAUUGAUUUUGUAGAACAACACAAGUGGAUGGAGCUAUUUCCAACUAUUGUGACAAUCGCAAAGACUAUUGAAGUUAUAUCUUCUCGAACGAAGGAUGGUCUUGAUGGUUCUUUGCAAUUGAUGUAUGAAGAGUUGCAAGUGCUUUCACCACUUGUUCCUAUUAGAGAAUUCUACUUCCUACGUUAUUGUAAACAAUUUGAGGAAGGAUGGGCAAUAGUUGAUGUUUCAUAUGAAUUUCCUCAUAACAAACAUUUUGCUUCGAAAUUUCGAGGCCAUCGUCUUCCUUCCGGUUGCUUCAUCCUCUUCAUCCAAAACAUGCCUAAUGGAAAAUCCAAGGUUACUUGGAUUGAACAUGUUGAAGUUGAAGACAGAAAUCCAGUUCAUAUGCUCUAUAGAAAUGUUAUCUAUAGUGGAGUUGCAUUUGGAGCUGAAAAAUGGCUCACUACACUUCAAAUAAUGUGUGAAAGGAUUGCUUCUUAUCUUAUGGAUUCAGGUCAUUCUACCGGUCAUCUCGAAGGAGUGAUUCCAUCACCUGAUGGAAAGAGGACCAUGAUGAAGCUAACACAAAGGAUGGUAACUAAUUUCUGUGAAAGUAUAAAUGGAUCAGCUAGUCAUAGAUGGACCACAUUAUCAACUUUGAAUGAGAUUACUGUGAGGAAGAGUCAGCCUAAUGGUGAGGUGCUAAGCGCAUCUACUAUCAUUUGGCUGCCUCUUCCUCCACAGACUGUGUUCAAUUUCUUGAACGAUGAAAGGAAACGAUCUCAGUCGAAUGUACUUUCCAAUGGUAAUGAUGUUCAAGAGGUUGUUCAUAUAGCAAAUGUUUCGCGCCCUGGUAACUGCAUUUCCGUGUUUAAUGGUUUCAGCACAGGAAACAACAACAUGUUGAUAUUACAAGAAAGUUGUGUGGAUUCAUCAGGUUCACUUGUGGUGUCUUGUCCUGUUGAUUCAUCAAUAAUGAGUGAGGUAGAUCCUUCAUACAUUCAAUUACUACCAUCAGGUUUCAUAAUUACUUCUGAUGGAAAGCAAAAUGAUAAUAAUAUUCAAGGAGGUAAUAGUGGUAAUGAUGAUGUUGCAUCAACAAGCUCAAACACAAACAUUGGAGGAUCAUUGUUAACAGUUGCAUUUCAAAUUAUGGUGAAUAGUUUACCAUCUAACAUGGAGUCUGUUCCAGUUGUUAAUGGACUUAUUUGUAAGACUGUCGAACAAAUAAAAGCUGCUUUGAAUUGUCCUAUGUAG